AUGUCUGACAACGGGGAAGUUGAGGUCGCCUCCUACUCCGUCCUGCCCAAGGACGUCGUCGCUGAUGGUGUCGUUCGCCUUUUCGGCAAGUGGGAUUACAGCGAUGUCGAGGUCCGCGACAUCUCCCUGACCGAUUACAUCCAGAUCCGCUCCCCGGUCUACACCUCCCACUCCGCCGGUCGCUAUGCCGCCAAGCGUUUCCGCAAGGCUCAGUGCCCCAUCAUUGAGCGUCUGACCAACUCUAUCAUGAUGAACGGUCGCAACAACGGAAAGAAGCUCAUGGCUGUCCGCAUUGUCGCUCACGCUUUCGAGAUCAUCCACGUCAUGACCGACCAGAACCCCAUCCAGGUCGCCGUUGACGCCAUUGUUAACUGCGGUCCCCGUGAAGACUCCACCCGUAUCGGUUCCCAGGGUACCGUCCGUCGCCAGGCUGUCGAUGUUUCUCCUCUGCGCCGUGUCAACCAGGCCGUUGCUCUGCUCACCAUUGGUGCCCGCGAGGCCAGCUUCCGUAACAUCAAGUCCAUCGCUGAGUGCCUUGCUGAGGAGCUGAUCAACGCUGCCAAGGGUAGCUCCAACUCGUACGCCAUCAAGAAGAAGGACGAGCUUGAGCGUGUUGCCAAGAGCAACCGGUAA